GCGCGAUCCUCUGUAAUAUAACGUGAGGGAAAGAGUUAGCUCCGUUAUAAUACUACAAACCCUCCCGGAAGUACAUCAGAAUUUACACAGAUUCUCUCAGUUCCACCCACCUAAUACCAUAACAGGCGUCCAUAGCCCUAUAUGUCCCUUUAUUUAUUUAUUUCUCCUUGUAUCCAUCUCGUCUCCAGUAAAAUGUGCAGCAUCCCAACGCCCCCUUCCGCUGUGCCGAUUUCAAGCUCACGGACCGUUCCGAACCCCUGUGAACUUUUCACAGUAUUCAUUGAGAAGAUUGAAUCGAGUCACCUCAGCAGCCUUUGUAUCUAGCAGCCAGCUACAAUACAGUGACUACCCGCGGAUGGGUACACGCGCACAGGUGUGCUGCGCUUAUUCUAAAGAUUCUCAGUUCCAAUCACAGAAGUGAGGUGAAUACGCGACUGAGACAAGAUACAUUUACAUUGGAUUAUAAGGAACCAAGAUGUCAUCGCUGUUUAGUCGUUCAAAGGAUUAUACGAGGGCACGAAAAUCACAGUCUGACUCUCCUCCCUCUUCCCCUUCACCGGCAGCAAAAACACGUCAUGAAAGAUUGGCCAGGUUGGAUUCAGGAAGCUCCAGCCUCAGUUCCACAGAUUCUGUCAGUGACCGAGCUGCUGCUAGGGUUAGUGCCUACACCCGCAGAGAAAACCGACUGGCGUCACUCGGGAGCAAGACAGAGGAGGAAUCAGAGAAAGACUUUAAAAAGCUUUAUGAGAGUGCGUUCAGUGAAAACGAGAAGCUCAAGACAAAUUUACGAGAAGCUCAGCUGGAGCUGUCAGAUAUUAAAUCAAAGCUAGAGAGAGUUGUGAAGCGACAGGACCACUCAUCAAGUCAAACUGGAUUGCUGGAGUCAGAGAAAAGGGAAAAACGAAACUUGGAGCGCAGAAUGUCUGAGAUGGAAGAUGAGCUCAAGGUUCUUACUGACCUGAAGUCUAAUAACCAACGUCUAAAGGAUGAAAAUUGUGCUUUGAUUAGAGUGAUCAGCAAACUCUCCAAGUGAGCCCUGUGAGUGGCUAAUGAUGUGCAAAAGCCACAAACUGUGCAUACUCACUGUGUAUCAGCUCCCUUCUUAUUCUGCAGUCAGCAAGUGGCAUGGAACUGCAAUGGGAUUUAUCUGCUUCAAAUUAAGAGGGAAUUGUUAGUUAAAUGAAAGCAGAACACCUCAUGUAUACACACUGUUUCAACUGUUUACUGUCUUUGGGCUGGGAUAUAUAUACUGUGUGUAUAUAUAUAUAUAUAUAUAUAUAUAUAUACGCAUAUAUACACAUAUAUAUAUAUACACACACACAUACAUACAUAUUGUAUAUAUAUAUAUAUAUAUAUACACACACUGCAUAUUUUCUGAUAUGCAAGAACAGAGGCAAGCUAAACUAAUUGUAAUUUAGUCCAAAAUAUUGUAUAUAAAAAUUAUUUUAUAUUCAGUUUUUUACUGGUAUACACUUACCCACUAACAUACACACACACAUAUAUACUGUAUAUAUAUAUAUAUAUACAUACAUACUGUACACAUACACAUACAGCCUCAAGAACCAUUAAUACAUAUUGGCAGUGAAAAGUAUAAGCAGUAAUUUGCACAUUUUUGUGCUGGGUGAUUUACAGCUGUGUUUAGAAAGAGGCCCACGGUAUUUCAACAUAUAGCUUUGUACAGUGGGUUAUGAAAUCAUCAAUUUAGUCACACCGUAACUGUCUCUGAAUCCAUAAUGGAGCAAAGAUUUUAUUUUUUAGAAUAGCUAUCAGCAAAAAAAAAAAAUUUUUUGUUAAAAUAUUAUUUAUAUGUGAGAAAGAAUGUGUUUUCAUUAUUUUACUUUUAAACUGUAGAGCUGCAUAUUUUUGUUGCAUGAAAUGCAGCGUGCACACACUUACAUAUGUUUGAAAUUAUUGAAUUUUGCCACAAACAUUGAAUGCACUUUUGAAACAAAAAUAAAAAAAAUAGUCUGGAUUUGAGAGCAGUAUAAAACAUAAAAUAAAAAUAAUAGUAUACUUAGGUGAGAGCACUUUAAAAGAAAUGUUGGCAUUUAGAGGCAUGAACAGACAAUGAUAUAAUACGCACUAAAAAAAAUGUCCAAACGUUUGUAUGUUCCUAUUUUAUUUACUUUGUGGUACCACAACACAACUAGCAAUUCAAAGUUAUAUAAUCUUCUUGAUUUUAUUUAAACCCAGUUGUAUUCUGUGUGUAAAAUAUAUUUAUAUAAUGCUGCUACCACUUUUGAAUGCAUUUAAAUUGAAACAAUAAAAAAAAAAAAAACUACUCUUGUAAGAGGCUUUCUGAA